AUGCUCGCUGAACCCCGGAAGAAACAGAAGUGGUCCAUUGACCCGAGGAACAGUGCUUGGAGCAAAGAUGACAACAAGUUUGGUCAGAAGAUGCUGGAGCGAAUGGGCUGGUCCAAGGGAAAGGGUCUGGGGAGAAGUGAGCAAGGAGCCACAGAACACGUCAAAGUCAAAGUCAAAAAUAACAGCUAUGGCCUUGGAACUAAUGUCAGUCAUGAGGAUAACUGGAUUGCCCACCAGGAUGAUUUCAAUGAUCUUUUGGCUCAGCUGAACGCAUGUCAUGGUCAAAACGAAAAUAAUGAAUCUCCUCCACCUCCAGAGGAGCAGAAAGGAUUUAGUCUGGAAGAAAAGUCCAAAACUGCCAGAAAGAGGGUCCAUUACAUGAAGUUCACUAAAGGAAAAGACCUUUCAUCCAGAAGUGAAAAAGAUCUCAACUGUAUUUUUGGAAAAAGGGGUCGGUCCACCAAGGAACAAGAUCAGGAGAGCAACAGCAGCGAUUCUCAAGAAAAAGAGGAGGCCACCGUCAUAGCGCCGACUGAGCUGGAUACGGAGACCAUCACGAACACCGUGACCAGCGCUCUCAGCAUGCAGGAAUACUUUGCACAGAGAAUGGCCCGAGUCAAACAGGCCAAAGGACAGGCCCCCAGCCCAGACCAAAGUGAGAGGUCUGCCCCGCACAGCCCCACGCAAGACUGUGGCACGGAGCGGCCCAAGAAGAAAAAGAAAAAGGAUAAAAGUGCAGCGGAGGAAGCCGAAGUGUCUGAGGUGUGCAAAGUGGAACACAUAGAACCACAACAUACAAAAGCAGAAAAGAAAAAAAAGCGAAAAAUGCGAGAGAAAGAGCAACCUGAGGCGCAAGAAGAGGAAAAACCCCCAUCCAAAAAGAAAAAGAGUAAGAAACAUAAGAAAGACACGGAGCAAAGCAAUGAACUUUUUAUUACUGAAGACGAUGACGUGCUAAUAGAGGUUGACGACGCCAACGAGGACGAUGACGACAAGAUAGAAAUUGUGGAAAAAUCCAAGGACAAAAAGAAAAAGGAGAAACGAUUGUCGUGCGUAAAGUUUGGAGCAGAGCGCGCGCACAUGGCUGCCCUCAUCAGCGCGUACUCGUCGUGGCCGGAGUCCUUCGAGUGUCCCGCAGAUGGAGAUGGAUCUGAAGCACACGGGCCUCACAGGAGCUCCGCGGACAAGGCUCCAGAGCCGCGGAUCCGACGUCCCAUGAACGCGUUUAUGGUUUGGGCCAAAGACGAGCGCAAACGACUGGCUGUCCAAAACCCAGAUUUGCACAACGCCGAACUCAGCAAAAUGCUUGGUAAAUCGUGGAAGGCCCUGACCCCCCCUCAGAAGAGGCCCUAUGUGGAGGAAGCAGAGCGGCUCCGUGUGCAGCACAUGCAGGACUAUCCCAACUACAAGUACCGUCCUCGCAGGAAGAAGCAGCUCAAGCGCAUAUGUAAACGGGUAGACCCAGGCUUCCUGCUAACCAGCCUGGGUCCAGACCAGAGCUCUCUGGUGGAGCAGCGAGUCCUGUGCCACCCUUGCGACAAAGACAACGGCCCCAGGGGCUUCUCUGGACCAGGUCCGGUCCUGCCUGGGGUUCGGACAUUCAGAGACCCAACCACUUCUAGCAACAGCAGCUUUGACACUUAUCCUUACGGUCUUCCCACUCCCCCGGAGAUGUCCCCUUUAGACGCAAUGGACCAUGAGCAUGUACCCGCCGCAUACUACCCCUCAACUAGCUCCUGCUCGUCUUCCUCAGCUUCCUGUCCAGAGGAGCAUCAGCAUCACAUGGGCAGUCCACCCCAGUACCACCAUGACUUCUCCCAGUCUCAGAUUCACUGUGGGCAUGUGCCACACCUGUCUCAAACUGGCGCUAACACUGGACUCAUGAGCGCCCCUCCAAUUUCCUACUUCAGCGCAUCUUCUUUCCCUCAAGUCCAUCACAGUGUCCACCCAGGACAGCUUGGACAGUUGUCUCCUCCCCCAGAGACACAGGGACACUUGGAGACGCUGGACCAGUUGAGCCAAGCAGAGCUCCUGAGUGAGGUGGACCGGAAUGAGUUCGACCAGUAUCUGAACUCCACCGGUUCUGGUUUCCAUGCCGACGGGAGCAGCACUAUGACUGUCACGGGACAUAUUCAAGUGGCAUCAGCUUCCAGCACCGGCCCCAGCAGCUCCUCAGAAACCAGUCUGAUCUCUGUGUUAGCGGACGCCACUGCGGCAUACUACAACAACUAUGGCAUCUCAUAA